AUGAUUUUUUGGGGCCUGGAUGAGGACGAUGAGUUUGAGACCUGGGAAAAAUGUGAAAAGAAAGUGCGCGAUUGUAUGGUUGAAACGCUAGGUCUAGAGGAUGCUGGUGAUGAUAGAGAAAUAGAGAUAGAACGGGCACACAGACUGGGAAGGAAGAAAGUAGGACCAAAUAUCAACCGUCAGGACUCUAACGUCAAACACCGACACCCACCAGUCACCAGUAAGACCUCUACCAUCAAACACCGUCACCCACCAGUCAACCGUCAGAACUCUACCGUCAAACACCGUCACCCACCAGUCAACCGUCAGGACUCUAUCGUCACACACCGUCACCCACCAGUCACCAGUAAGAACUCUACCGUCAAACACCGUCACCCACCAGUCACCAGUGAGAACUCUAUCGUCACACACCGUCACCCACCAAUCACCAGUAAGAACUUAACCGUCAAACAUCGUCACCCACUUGUCACCAGUAAGAACUCUAUCGUCAAACACCGUCACCCACCAGUCACCAGUAAGAACUCUACCGUCAAACACCGUCACCCACCAGUCAACCGUCAGAACUCUACCGUCGAACACCGUCACCCACCAGUCAACCGUAAAAACUCUACCGUCAAACACCGUCACCAACCAAUCACCAGUAAGAACUCUACCGUCAAACACCGUCACCCACCAAUUACCAGUAAGAACUCUACCGUCAAACACAGUCACCCACCAAUCACCAGUAAGAACUCUACCGUCAAACACCGUCUCCCACCAGUCACCAGUAAGACCUCGACCGUCAAACACCGUCACCCACCAGUCACCAGUCAGAACUCUGCCGUCAAACACCGUCACCCACCAAUCACCAUUCAGAACUCUACCGUCAAACACCGUCACCCACCAGUCACCAGUAAGAACUCGAGCGUCAAACACCGUCACCCACCAGUCAGCAGUCAGAACUCUACCGUCAAACACCGUCACCCACCACUCACCAGUAAGAACUCGACCGUCAAACACCGUCACCCCCCAGUCAGCAGUCAGAACUCUACCGUCACAUACCGUCACCCACCAGUCCCCAGUAAGAACUCGACCGUCAAACACCGUCACCCACCACUCACCAGUAAGAACUCGACCGUCAAACACCGUCCCCCACCAAUCACCAUUCAGAACUCUACCGUCAACCACCGUCACCCACCAGUCACCAGUAAGAACUCGACCGACAAACACCGUCACCCACCAGUCACCAGUCAGAACUCUACCGUCUAA